ACCUCGAGUAGUGAAGGUUCGACCACCACGAUCCAACCCAUCUCCUCUCCUCAAUUGCUUGGUCAAUUGGCCUCUACUACCUUUCCUUUAAUCCAUAGACCCGCUCAUCAUGUUCAGAAACGCCCUGCGCCAGUCGUCCCGGACGGUGGGAGCAAUCUCUGCCAGAUCCGCCGGACGACCGGCCGCUGCCCCAGCUGCUUUCAACGCAGCAAAACGAUAUUAUGCUGCAGAUGCAAAGGCUUCGCCGACCGAGGUCUCAUCCAUUCUCGAGCAGCGAAUCAGAGGCGUGCAAGAGGAGGCCAGUCUUGCUGAGACUGGUCGUGUCUUGUCUGUAGGUGAUGGUAUCGCUCGUGUCCACGGUAUGGCCAACGUCCAAGCUGAGGAGCUUGUCGAGUUCGCCUCAGGUGUCAAGGGCAUGUGCAUGAAUUUGGAAGCUGGCCAGGUCGGUGUUGUGCUCUUCGGUUCUGAUCGUUUGGUCAAGGAAGGCGAGACCGUCAAGCGUACCGGAGAAAUUGUCGAUGUUCCAGUCGGGAUUGAGAUGCUUGGUCGUGUCGUUGAUGCUCUCGGCAACCCAAUCGAUGGCAAGGGACCUAUCAAGACCACUGAAAAGCGUCGUGCCCAGCUGAAGGCUCCCGGUAUUCUUCCCCGACGAUCUGUCAACCAGCCUGUACAGACUGGUCUCAAGUCAGUUGAUGCCAUGGUGCCCAUUGGACGUGGUCAGCGUGAAUUGAUUAUCGGCGACCGUCAAACCGGAAAGACUGCCGUUGCCCUCGAUGCCAUGCUCAAUCAAAAGCGAUGGAACGACGGAAACGACGAGACCAAGAAGCUUUACUGCGUGUACGUUGCCGUUGGACAAAAGCGAUCUACCGUUGCCCAGCUUGUCAAGACCCUCGAGGAGAACGAUGCUAUGAAGUACUCGAUUAUCGUUGCCGCUACCGCCUCAGAAGCCGCACCCCUGCAGUACAUUGCCCCGUUUACUGGUUGUUCCAUGGGCGAGUGGUUCCGAGACAACGGAAAGCACGCUGUCAUUAUAUUUGAUGACCUUUCCAAGCAGGCUGUUGCAUACCGUCAAAUGUCUCUCCUUCUCCGUCGUCCUCCUGGACGUGAGGCUUACCCCGGUGACGUUUUCUACCUCCACUCUCGUCUCCUCGAGCGUGCCGCCAAGAUGAGCGACAAACACGGUGGUGGAUCCUUGACUGCUCUUCCCAUUAUCGAGACCCAAGGUGGUGAUGUGUCUGCCUAUAUCCCAACCAACGUCAUUUCAAUUACCGAUGGUCAAAUCUUCUUGGAGGCCGAGCUUUUCUACAAGGGUGUUCGACCUGCCAUUAACGUCGGUCUUUCCGUAUCUCGUGUCGGUUCCGCUGCCCAACUUAAGGCCAUGAAGCAAGUUGCCGGUUCAUUGAAGCUUUUCUUGGCCCAAUACCGUGAAGUUGCUGCUUUCGCUCAAUUCGGUUCAGAUUUGGAUGCCGCUACCAAGCAAACCCUGAACCGUGGCGAACGAUUGACCGAACUCCUCAAGCAAAAGCAAUACUCUCCUAUGGCCGUCAACGAAAUGGUUCCCCUCAUCUAUGCCGGUGUCAAUGGUCACCUCGAUAGUGUUCCAGUCAAUAAGAUCCUGCAAUGGGAAGCCGACUUCAUUGCACACUUGAAGACUAACGAGUCGGAUCUUCUGGCUACAAUUGACAAGGAGGGGGCGUUAAGCAAGGACCUCGAGGCGAGAUUGAAGGACGUUGUCACAACCUUCACCAAGGCUUUCAACUAAACUAAAAGUCUGCCAAUUCGAAUGCUGCUCCAUCUAUCUUUCUCUUUGUUCUGGCAUUGUGGUGGGUGGAAAGAAGUGUAUUGAGGGGGAAGAG